CUGAGGACAACGGCUCCCUGGGCACCGCCUCUUCCGUCAGCGGAGACCGGAAGUGGGGCGGGAGCGCCGGAAGUUGAAGGGAGUUUCCUGCGACCUCGGCUUCCUCAACAUGGCAGCGCCCUUAUCAGUGGAGGUGGAGUUCGGAGGUGGCGCGGAGCUGCUGUUCGACGGUGUGAAAAAACAUCAGGUCACCUUGCCUGGACAGGAGGAGCCCUGGGACAUCCGCAACCUCCUUGUCUGGAUCAAGAAGAAUUUGCUAAAAGAGCGGCCAGAGCUGUUCAUCCAGGGAGACAGUGUGUGA